GCGAGCUGUGCAGACACCAGUCAUAGAUAUUAUUGUGUUCUCACUAGAGCGAAUGAGGAAAUUAGCACUAGAAAAUAUCACCCGAAAUACCAGUAAGAAUGGACAAUUUAGGGCCCAAUUAUUCAAGUUCAAUUUGGUUCAAUUCUAAUUUAUUUAUCACGAAUGGAGUUCCCCUGAAAUUUUAUUUGGAUGGGUACAGUCUUCAUGAGUUUAGCGAUAUGGUGAAGAUAAUCGAAGCUUAUGGAGGGAAACUAUCGAAGCCCGACGGUCCAGAUACCGUAAUUUUUUGCGAACCAGACAGUCCUGUUGGGGUAAAAGGAUACGAUCGCUAUGAUAUUCAAUUUUUUUAUGACAGCGUUGUUGCACUCCAGCCUCAGGAGUUAAUGAACUACAAGCUUCAGGCAUUCGUAAACCAAGACAUUGCGAAUCCUAAGGAUGACGAUGGAUCAGUAAACUCAGAACAUGCGGAAGGCGGCAAUGACAAGUCUCUGAAAUUAACAAACUUCGGUCCUGGGGAUAACGAUGAAUUGUCAAAUUCGGAUUGCGAUGAAGACGAUAAUUAUAAUGGCGAUGAUUACAUUGACGUACAUUCCUCGAGCACUAAAUUCCACAAUGAAUUGAAAGAUAGAGGAAAGUCCCACGAGAUAGCAGGAUGUGCUGCGCUUCCUCCUCGAGUAGAAUGUUUCGUGAAACUUGAGCGAUUGCAAAGCACUGAUCAAGAUAAUGAUAAUUCCAUCAAUGUUCAGGAUGAAAGUUGUGAAAAUACUCGUGAAGACGAUGGAUUUUCACACGACUCGAGCGUUUCCCAAACCAUCGAUGAGACUGAUCAUUCACAGGCCGACAUUGAUAACUCGAUUCCACCGAGUCGUCCUCGUUUGUCGACAGCACGAGGGAACAACACACCAGGAUCGUUCUGGACGGAAGACGAGCAUCGAGUUCUCAUCCAGUAUCUUAUCGAUAACGAUGUCAUCCAUCGGGCAAGAAGUACCAAAGUCUGGAUUGAUUGUUUGGAGAAAUGCGGGUCAUUAUUGAAUCCACGCAGGACAGCGGAGAGCCUUCGCGCUCGUUUCAGAAGCACUCUCCGUCAUAACUAUACAAAAUAUACAGACGAUCCAGAAGCCCUAAGAAAGUUCAGAAAUAUUGAGGGAACGCCUCACGUCGAUCGUCUCAAAGAUCAGGAAGAACAUUGGACAGACAAGGAAGAUCGAGUGCUCAUUCAAUAUCUCAUUGAUAAAGAUGCAAUUCGUCAGGCAAACAAAAUCCAUCUUUGGAAUAAAUGUUUCAAGGCUUGCAAGUCGUUACUGCACCCAAGCAGAGAUGCUGCCAGCCUACAUCGACGUUUCAUAUCUCAUCUUUACAAAAAUUACGCAAAGUUCACCGACGACGAUGAGGUACUAAUGAAAUUCAAGAGAAUGGAGGAAAUUGUGGUUUGGCGAGGAAAGGAUACUCCUAGCAUGUACUGUUGGACAGAAGAGGAGAGCAGAGCACUCGCCCAAUUUCUUAUCAAGAACGACGCCAUUCAUAAAGCAAAACACCACCAGUUUUGGGAAGACCAUUUAGACGAGGUUCAGGCCGUUUUAAACGUCAAAAGGACUGCGGUUGCCCUACGAAACCAGUUUUAUAAAAACCUUCGUCAUAAUUACGCAAAAUAUACUGAUGACCCAGCGGCACUACGUCAAUUCAAGAUGGUCGGACCGCUGAAGUGAUGGAAUAUUAUAUUUUACACAAAUGAUUAACAGCAAUAAAACGACAAAACGUAGCAGAACACGUCGAUUUUUCAUAUCUCGCUGAAUGUACAAUGGUCUCGGAAUCAAACGCUUUAUUCGUAACUUUUUUCGUCAUUUUGCAAUUUAUGUAAAUUAUCUUCUCAUGUUAAUUCAUUGUUUAUUCGUCUAUAAUAUCUAGAUAUUCUGAUAAUAGUUGUUGCUGGUGAAUAAAACAUUGACUUUUGGUUGUUGUUUGGGA